AUGACAUCAUGGAUAAAAUGGUUACAUGCCGAAGAAGAUCAUGGCCCUCUCCUUCCACACAUCACCAGGUUUCGACUUCACAAUUGCCCUUCACUGGAAGAAGUGCCGUAUCUAUCAUUCAUAUCUUCACUGUCAGAACUUGACAUUUCAGCUUGUGGGGACUUUGUCAAGGCACUGCCACAACAUUUACAACUCUUGGCAUGUCUCAAAAAAUUAAGUAUGUCUUACUGCGAUCACCCAGUGCUAUUCUCUGGGCAUCAGUUGAAGUCACUGGAGUAUCUAUAUCUUAGAAAAUGUGGAGGGCUACGUUUGAUUGAUGGGUUACACUGCUUUCCCAGCCUCAGGAAAGUUAAUGUUUAUGGCUGUCCUAACAUUCUUGCCGAGUUCUCAGACAAUUCAAGUAGACAAGAUGAGCAGGGCGUACUUCACCUUACCAAUCUAGAAACAGAUGUGAGCUUGAUUAAUCGAAAUUCUUUCCUCUCCUCAGUGAGAGAUCUGUGUAUCUCUUAUUUGGAGGCCUUUAGCUUUACCCCAGAGCAGGAGGAAUGGUUUCAACAACUGAUCUCUGUAGAGAAAAUUGAGUUUUUUCACUGUCGCUUUCUCCACGGACGACUCCCUUCUACACUAGGCAGACUUGUCUCGUUGAAAAGACUUCAUUUUACCAUGACGUUACCGGUGUCACUGAACGGACUUGUGCCACUUAACCUCCAAGAAUUGAUCAUGGAUGGCUUCAACAUGGAAAAUAACUUCAAACCUGGAGGAUCAGAUUGGCCAAACAUUUCUCAUGUUCCAUACAUUCGACUUAACGGGAAGACAGUCCAAAAUCUGUCAAUUAAUGCUGCUUCAUCUUCUUCAAACCACCAAAUUUGA